AUGCUUGGCUUCCACGCCACGGUCCGCCUCCAUAGCCAGGCUAAGUCGUGGGCAGAGGCUAUUCUGAAGCUCCAGAUACCGGAAGAUGCGCUUGAGGACCUUGAAGACAAAAAGGCCGCCGCACUUCUUGCAGCACAGACUCGUCUCAAGGACAAAUCCCUACAAGCGUGGCAUUUGCAAGCUCUGGUGGAACUAACAUCAGAGAUAUCACGCAGCCAAUGGCAGCUCAUCAACGAAUAUCAGCACAGAGUUCGGACACAAUGCAUGAAUAUACCUUUAGAAAGGAAUACACAAGCGCCAGAAACCAUUGAAACGCAGCAGACCAGCUCCAAGGGCGAGCCUAAGAAAGCCACAACCAGGAAACGCAAAUCAAGUCAUAUUUCGGGGAAAAGCAAUACCGAAGAACUGGCAUGCACCCAGUCUAGACCUCCAACUAAGAACCGUGCCAAAGCAUCUUCCAUACCGAGUGGGAUCAGAGCCUUGUCGAAAGAGGCCGAUCCUCCGAGAGAUAAAUAUGACAUGCCGACACCGCGGCCGGGAAUUCCAUACCUGGUUCUGUGUGGAGAGUCAAAACUCAUACCGGCCGUUGUGUUAUACCCUGGAUCCGCUGAGGGCCCUUUUUCAGUCGAAAACACUGACUUGUUGUGUUUGGAGGAAUGCUGUAUUUACGACCAGCAGAAGAACAUACUGUCUUGCCGAGAUACCGCAGAAACAUCGUACCCUGUCAAGUUUUUCAACGCCAAGGAUCCCUAUGAUGGACAAACUGAGUGGAUAGCAGCGGCAAAGCUCACACCACUGGACCCUGCCGCCAGUUUACCGCCACCCUACGAUAGAAGGGUGUUGGAUUACAUUCAGAAACAUGGGAGCAGCGUAAGCAACCCACGCAGGAAAUCCCACGCGGCUCGACGGACUUUGACGCACAGAAACGAGAUAAAGGGCGAGAACCAGAGCCAUGGACCAGAGCAUGAGAUUUUUGAUAUUGAAGGUACAUCAAAAAUCGUGGCUAGUCACGGAGAAGAUGAUGACCGUAUGGCAAUUGCGCGGUUGAUUUGA